UCCACGUAUUAGAACUUCCGGUGUUCUCGUGACGUCAAACUUUUUUUCAUCAACAAAUCGAGGAUCUACGCCAAUAAUAAAGAAGCAGAAAAUGUCAUAUGCAUAUCUUUUCAAGUACAUUAUAAUAGGAGAUACAGGAGUUGGGAAGUCAUGUCUUCUGCUUCAGUUCACAGACAAAAGAUUUCAACCCGUCCAUGACUUAACAAUAGGUGUGGAAUUUGGAGCUCGAAUGAUAACUAUAGAUGGAAAACAAAUUAAACUACAGAUCUGGGAUACAGCAGGACAGGAAUCAUUCCGCUCCAUCACAAGGUCGUACUACAGAGGUGCAGCAGGGGCAUUGUUAGUGUACGACAUCACAAGGCGUGAUACAUUCAACCACCUGACAACCUGGCUCGAGGAUGCCCGUCAACAUUCCAACUCCAAUAUGGUCAUCAUGUUAAUUGGUAACAAAAGUGACUUGGAGGCCAGAAGAGAUGUGAAGAAAGAAGAAGGUGAGGCGUUUGCCAGAGAACAUGGCCUUAUCUUCAUGGAGACUUCUGCUAAAACAGCAGCAAAUGUAGAAGAGGCUUUUAUAAAUACAGCCAAAGAAAUUUAUCAAAAGAUUCAAGAUGGUGUGUUUGAUAUAAAUAAUGAGGCUAAUGGUAUAAAGAUUGGACCUCAGCAUUCCCCCAGCAGAAAGCUUGCCUCCUCGUCAGGUGGUGGAUCACAAGGGGGUGUGAUGUUGUUAAAACAAGGAAAUCCCUCCUAGUGGGAAGGGGAGGCAACCUAGGAAAUCAAAUUCUGUUGGCAUUUGGGAAUAUUCUGAUCACAUUUUAACACAGUAGAAAAAUAUUUACAGGAAAAGUUAUUAUGGUUUUUUUUUUGUUUGUUUGAAAUCCAAGUUUUUGAUAUUAUUUUUAUCUAAUGGAUAAAAAACAAUAUACUGCUGUUAAAGAAACAUAAUAUCAAUUCAUUUAAAAUAUAUAAAACAUUUGACUUAGCAUCUUCUCCAAUAUUUCUCUUUUUUAUGGUUAUUAUUUUACUUAACAUUUG